AUGUCCCUCGAUUCUUCCCCUUCCCUUCCGAUCCGUCCCGACUCACCUGAAAACGACACUCUUUCAACCCAAGCUCCGGAAACCAUCCACACGGACGGAAACGCUUCGCCAACGCUGAUCCCGCCAUUAACGAGGAGAAAUCGUCCCUCGCGGGCUUGUACAAUCCGAGCCUCCCAAAGGCUCGCUCAGCAGCAUCAGGCCGCGAAUGAGCGUCGGCAGAAGCUGGCGAAGAAGGAGCGGCAACACGGCCUGCAGCAACACAAACAAACCAAGGACGAGAGUGAUGAUUCUUCGUCGCCGCCGCCGCCGCAGCAAUGCUGCGCUAAUAGCAAGAUCGUUACUCCGUUAGUGGACCCGCCGGAGCCUUCGCAGUUGCCUAGGUGGACCAUUCUGUCAAUGUGGGAGUUUGCUUCAGUACUUAAUUUCCUGCAUGUUUUCAGACCGCUUUUGAAUAUAGCUGUGGAGUUUUCGGCGGAGGAGUUUGAAACAGCGCUAAUUACUCCUAAUGAUACUUUAGCAGAUAUUCAUAUGCCUUUAAUGAAGGCAAUCCCUCCAAUUACUCGGAUGCCCCUUACACGUGAUACCUGGAUUACUGUUCUUUGCAGAAAAUUAAGAGACUGGUGGCAUCGGGUUGCAGAUGGGGGUCUUCCCAUUGUUGCUUCACAUGGGGCGGAGAUUGAAGUAUACAAGUCACUUGAUCCUGGAAUUCGUGUUGUGAUCUUGAAAGCACUAUGCGACAUUCGUGUUGAGCAAGAAGGCAUCCGAAACUACAUUGACAACUCACUUAAACAUGGUGUUCAACUUCCAGCCUUUCGUAAAGAACGUGUCGGAGGUGAUUCUCAGGGAAUUAAUUACUGGUAUGAAGAUGAUGCUGUUGUAGGUCAUCGCUUAUACCGGGAAAUAAGGAAAGUUGAGUUGAAGAAAGAAAAGAUGAAAGGUUCCCAUGUCCCUAAUAGUGCAACAUAUCUGUGGGAAACAGUUGCAACGAAUUUGGAAGAAUUUCAAGAUGUUUCUGAGAAACUUUUUGCCAGUAAAAAUAGAACGGAAGCAUCGCUAGGGAAGAAGUUAAAGAAUAACAUGAUUCCUGAGGUUGAAAAGGAACACAAGAGGAAGGAGAGGUUACUGAAAAAACAACAUAGACAAGCUCCACUUCUUGAUAACUUCUUGGUUGUUGAUGGGCUUGGUUUAGGACGCUCCCUUCGUGACAGAAAACCUGUGACUUACACAUUUGAUGAUUAUGAUCGGUCAAUAAAUGAGGCUAUUAAGAUUACUAAGCGGAAAGCACCAUCACCGGAUCCUCUCAGUGGAAGAGAUGUUGCCAAGUCUGAAUCUUCCACAAAUGGUAAAUUGAGUGGUCCUUCACAUGGCUCUGAACAGGACAAUUACAAUCUACCUUCCCCCAAAUUAUCUGAAUAUGAUGAUUCUGAUGAUAAUAAAUCUGGGGAAUUGGAUCGUAGCAAUCGGCGGAGGCAGAGACCUCAACAAUAUUCAGUGACAGAGUUUGUCGAAGCUGUUUCAGACAAUGAGACAGACUUUGACAGUGAUGAUGAUAUAGUUGGAGAAGCAGCAAAUGAUGAGGAAUACCUGAGAAAAAGAAAUCAGAGAAGGCAAUCCAGCAGCUCAGAAGGAGAUGAGGAAUACCACUGGGAUGGCGAAAGUGCUGAAGAUGAGGAGGAAGAAGAGGAUUCUUUAAGUAUCAGUGAGGACAGUGACGAGGCCAAGAAGUUGCCAGGCCGUACUAGGAGGGAAACUAAGCAAAGGUCAGUUAAUGAGCUUCAGUCAGGUCUAAGGCGUAGUAAAAGAGCCACCAGAAAUUGUCUUAAUUAUAGUCAGUACGAUCUGUCGGAAUCUGAAACAGAGUCUAAACCUGAAAAGCGCAAUCCAUCAAAUGAACACUCAGAUGCAAGUGAGAAUGAGGAGUACUCAGAAGCAAGUAAAGAUUUCAAUGGCAGUGACUAUGACCAGGAAAUGGAAGUUGAUCCUCCUAUGGAAGCUAACUCGGAGAGGGUGGAGAAAGAGCAAAGCCAGCAACCUGAGCAAUCAAGCGGCAGCGGGCAAGAUGAAGCAGAUGGUACCCGAGAACCACGCUUCCUUGACCUAAACGAACUUGCUCCCGGUUCUGGUUGUGACGACGGUCCAAAUACAGCAACGAAAGACGUCGAUAGAAACGAUUUCUAGAGCUCAUCUGGUGGAGAGCAAAUGUUGUAAUUUUCUCCUGGGGGAAGCAAAGUGUAUGCUAGUAAAAUUUAUAAAAUUUUGCGAUAAUCCUAUCGAGGAAAUUAUGGUCGGCAUUCCUCCAAGGCUUCACUCUACCUGGAUGCAAUCCCUUGCAGGAGGGAGGCAACAUGAUGAGAAAGACCUGUAGAUUAGGUAGUCAUUUUUUAGCAUGUCUACAU